CGACGCCGCCGCGGCUCGGCUCGCUGGGAAUUGCUGCGCCGCCGGCGGCCUGCUCCGAGCGACCUGCCCUGGCCCCGGCUGCCCCGGCGACUGCGUGGCCGGCGCCCAGACGGCGCCGUGCAACAUUUUACUGCAAUUCCAUCAAUACAAUAAGUCACUUUGACUAUAAUGGAAAAGUAUGAAAAAUUAGCUAAGAUUGGAGAAGGGUCUUAUGGAGUUGUCUUCAAAUGCAGAAACAAAUCCUCUGGACAAGUAGUAGCUAUUAAAAAAUUUGUGGAAUCUGAAGAUGAUCCUGUGGUUAAAAAAAUAGCACUAAGAGAAAUUCGCAUGUUGAAGCAAUUAAAACACCCAAACCUUGUGAACCUCAUUGAGGUGUUCAGGAGAAAAAGGAAAAUGCAUUUAGUUUUUGAAUACUGUGAUCAUACACUUUUAAAUGAGCUGGAAAGAAACCCAAAUGGUGUUGCUGAUGGAGUCAUCAAAAGUGUCUUAUGGCAAACACUUCAAGCUCUGAAUUUCUGUCAUAAACAUAAUUGUAUUCACAGAGACGUAAAACCUGAAAACAUUCUCAUAACAAAGCAAGGAAUAAUCAAGAUCUGUGACUUUGGGUUUGCACGAAUUCUAAUUCCAGGAGACACCUACACUGAUUAUGUUGCCACACGGUGGUACAGGGCUCCUGAGCUUCUCGUGGGAGACACACAGUAUGAUUCUUCAGUCGACGUGUGGGCUGUUGGUUGCGUUUUUGCAGAGCUCCUGACGGGCCAGCCACUCUGGCCGGGAAAAUCAGAUGUGGACCAGCUUUAUCUGAUAAUCAGAACACUAGGAAAACUAAUCCCAAGACAUCAAUCCAUCUUUAAAAGUAACCAGUUUUUCCAUGGCAUCAGUAUACCUGAACCGGAAGACAUGGAAACUCUUGAGGAAAAGUUCUCAGAUGUUUAUCCUGUGGCUUUGAAUUUCAUGAAGGGGUGUUUGAAAAUGAAUCCAGACGACAGGUUAACCUGUGCCCAACUCCUGGAGAGCUCCUAUUUUGAUUCUUUUCAAGAGGAUCAAAUGAAAAGAAAAGCACGUAAUGAGGGAAGAAACAGAAGGCGUCAGCAGAAUCAACUGUUGCCUCUCAUACCAGGAAGCCACAUCUCCCCCACACCUGAUGGAAGAAAACAAGUCCUCCAGUUAAAAUUUGAUCACCUUCCAAACAUUUAGGAAAAUGUUCUUUCAAGUGCAAAGUAAUUUAAUAUGUACAUAUUUUUGUACAAGCGAGAUAGGAAUUCUCAGUGUUUCAAAUGCAAAUGAGCCAUAUGAAAAUUAAGAUGCCUUCUAGAAUUGUUUUGCUCUGAUCAUUGCUGAUUCCUUUCCCUGUGCUUUUUACAUGCCAACUUUAUCUUUUAGAACAUUUUCUUUAAAUGUUAUAAGGCCUGAAACUGCACAUAUGGAGGAGACAUUUUCAAUUUCAUCAGAGCUGUCCCUCCUAGACAAUUUUUAUUGAGAAUUUGUUCACUUAUACUUCAAUUUAUGAAAAAGAUUUUCACUUAUCAUCCUGCUUCAUCUGACCACAUAAUAGCUUAAAGUGAUAUCAAAUCUCCUGCCUAUAUGUUGUUUAAGGAAUGUCAUCAUGCUCCUGCAUUGUAAUUCACUCUCAUUUUAACCAUAUCUGUUGAGCAAAGCUGGUAUUCCAUGUUUAUAUUGGUGUAGGAUGAGAAACUUGAAAGGUUAUCUAGGUUUAUUUCUUGAUUCCAGAGUAGACUAUAUUUCCUCUGCCUCAUGAGACAUUGACAAUUCUAUUUUUAAAGCUAGCUAGAGAAAAUUCCACACACAUUCUGAACAUAGCAAAUUAUGGACAAACAACAAGGAAUCACCAUCCUCCUGACAAUAAUGCCCUUGAAUUACUGCCUGCUAGUUCUAAUGGUACCUCAUAAUGCCCUAUUCUUUUUUCCUGACUAAAUCAUCUCCGUACCUAAACCAGUCCUCCUGAGUGUGUUAUCUGAAUGGUUCAUUGACAAUAUUUUGUUCCAAACAUUGGCAUCCAUAGCCUCUACAAACUUGUACUGCCCUAAACUGUUGAGGGCAUCAUAAACAGGUCAGGUUUUUAAAUGCAUAAAACAACAGCAAGGUUGUCUUUCAGUUAAUUUCAUUUUGUCUCUUACCCAAAAAAAGAAAAGAAAGAAAAUAAGCUGGAAUAUUUUCCCAAGUGAACUUGACAUACAUCCCCCACACCCCAACACAUAUGUACAUGCAUACACAUAUUUAUGUGUUGAAGCAUUAUAGUAAAUGCCUUUAUCUUGGACAUCUAAAAUGAAGCAGAAUGAUUGAAAGAACUUUUAGUUUGCUAAUAUGGAACUCGUGUAAAAUAAUAGCACAGGGCUGUCUAUCACUGUCUGGCAAAAGGCACAAAACAGUGAUGUUCCCAUCGAUAAAAAUUAAGAGUGUUGCAUUAACUCUUCCCUGUUCCUAGGCUGGCACACUUGCCUAAGUUUUGUCAAAUUUUGCACAUACACUACAUUGCAAAAAUUCUUUGGAUCUGGCUCCAAGAAUUAGGCAUAUAGUGUUAAGGAAACAGAUCACCUUAUGUUCAUCUCUGAAGAUCUGUUGCACUUAUAAACAUGGCAGUGUAAACUUCCAGAAAAUCUCAUUUAGUUAUAUAGAAGCAUCCACUUACUAAGGAAUUACAGCAUCUAAAAAUAAUUUCUUGCCUGGUAGAAGGACUUUGACAUGAGCUUAUUUGGCCAUUGACAUUUUAGUGUAAAUAUAAGCUGUCAGGGGCUUCUUAUUUCAUUUUGUUGUCAAAGAAUGUGCCUCUUCAGAUUUGUUUCUUGCAUUUUAAGUAGGAUGAUAUCACAGGUUCAAGGAAAAUGGGGAAGAAAAGAUAAAAGGCAACUUUGCUGACAAUUUUCAUUUUAGCCUUCAUAGUUUUUUUUUUUGUCUUUUUUUUUUUUUUAACCAAACUACCUAUCUGCUCCACCUCUCCCAAACAUGCAUGUCCAUCUAUAAUGUAAUACAGAGAGAGAAUGAGCAGGCAGUAUGUUGCUCCAUUAUCCAUUUUGCUUUCAAAUGUACUUCUAAUGAUGAAGUUUUGGGUAGGAAUUGGUAGGCUAACUGUCUUCCCUUAUUUUUGCUUUCAAUUAAGAAUUAAUUCAGAAAAUAAAAAUAAAAAUAAAAAAGAAUUCAGAAGUCCUAUAUUCCCGUGCCUGAGGAAUAUAAUACAUUUCAUUAUGUUUUCAUCCUGUUUAAAAAAAAUAAUUAAUUCAAACUAUCCUCUCUCUCUCUCUCUCUCUCUCUCUCUCUCUCUCUCUCUUCUCUUCUCUUCUCUUCUCUUCUCUUCUCUUCUCUUCUUUCUGUCUCUUUUU